AUGCCAAAUCUGCACAACAAGCUUAAAGUGCUCUGCUUGCACGGGUUUUACAAUAACAAGGAUGUCAUGAAGUACCAAAUGGCCUACUAUGAAUACAUUUUUGGUGAGUUCAUCGAAUUUCACUACCUGGAUGCUCCCUACGACGCCAGCGCUAUCUUUGACGAGCAAAUCAAAAACAAGUUUGGUGGACCCUUUUUUGCCUGGGUCAAUAAAGAUACCGAAAAGCACAACUUUGAUGGUCUUGUUGAGAGCUGUGAGUAUGUCAAAGAGUACUGAGCUACCCAUGGACCAUUCGAUGGGUUCAUCGGGUUCUCUCAAGGCGGCUACGUCAUCAGAACGAUGCUCAAAGCCACAGAGUGAGGCAUCCCGCACUGCCAAAUUUCACCCAGAUUCGCAAUUUUGAUUGCUUCUCCAGUUCAACAUGGUCAUGUAUUUGAAGGCAAGAAUGAAGGCGACUACCCCUGUCCUGUGAUGUACAUCUACGGAAAGGCCGACCCCUUUACAUACUACAGAGACCUGGCGAUCUGUAAGAAGUCUCAAACAACAGUCAUUCUGCAUGAGAAAGGCCACAAUAUGCCUCGCUUUGUUGGAGAAGUGAUGAAGACUUUUACCAAGUUUUUGAAUAGAGCUUAUGAAGACAAAUUUGACAAACCAAUGGCGUUUAGGGUUCCACUGAACAGAGAACUAAAGAAAAAGUUUCUUAGUUUGCAAGAGGGAAACUCCAUUGUCCCAUCUAUUGCCAAAAUCUAAGUUAAACUCACAAUUUACUACUCAAAAUGAAGAAUCUUUGAAGCUUCAUUUUGUACAAGAUACCGAUAAAUUUUAAACUCAACGUUUCA